GGGGCCGAGAGCAGGGACUCGAUCUGGCAGCUGGAUAAUUCCCUCUCACGAGGCCUGGACACUCACGCGCCGCCUAAUCCAGCUCCCCCAGGAGCCAUGGCAACAGCCCUUUCACCCCUGGACGGGCGUCAGGAUGGGGCGUCCUCGCCAUCGCUGGGGGAGCAGAAGCACCGGGACGAGCAGGGUGGCACGGUGGCCAGCGGGCAGAGGUUCCUCGAUGUGGAGCUGGAAGGGGACGAUGACUUUGGGCUUUUCGUACAGGCAGGGGAUCAGCCGUCCUGGGACGACGGCUUCACUGAUUUCCAACAAGUGCCUUAUGGGACACGUGAGAGCGCGGCACUUGCAGAACCAGUCAGUGAGGGCGAGCCUGCCCAUUGGACAUUUGGCCAGACAGAAAAUCCUUUCCACCAAUCAGAGGACACUUGGACUGCUUUUUCACUAGAGGGCAGUGUUGCACUAGACCCCGGACUGGGAGGGAAACGGCACAUGCAGUGGUGGCCGGAGAAGGCUCCUGAGGAGGUAAACGUGAAGCAGCACGCACCCUUUGAUGCGCCCCGUGUGAUUCAGGAGGCCUUCCCCUCUACGCCUUCUUCCUGUCCCAGCCCAAAUCCAGUCCUGACCCUAACACAGGUCCUGCUGGGCCUCUCUUGUGAUGACAGCACUGUUGGAGAGAGUGGGAGCUUAUUGGAUGGCCUCCAGGAUGUAAACAGAAUUAUUGGUCUGAAAUAUAAGUGGGCGGAGUCUCGUUCACAGAAGCUCCUCCUCCAGUCUCUGCAUUUGGACCCAAAUAACAAGGGUCAUGUGACAAGCUCCAGAGCCAAUGACAGCCCCUCUGUGGGCCCCACGCCUCUUAGCCAGCAUACGUCCCCCAUGGGCAACGGGAAAACAAAGCUGUCUUAUGACAUCAACAAGAACAUCUCGGCAUAGCCCAGCAACCUGCAACCUCGACCUUCCACAAACCCUGCCUGCCCCAAAUCCAGAUGCCCUACCCCCUCCCCAGCUGGGUAACGGUUUUCUCCCUAGAACACGAGGCCUGCGAGUAUUCGGAAAUGACUUGAAACAUUUCUUUGAAGGGAUUUCUUUAAAUGCGGCUUCAGUUUGAUCCAUCUUUUCGACCCUCAAAACUGCUGUCACUAUCUGAAGACAGACUGUCCUUCAAAAGCCAUGAAAAGUUGAGUUGCAUUCAGCAGUAGAGCAGAAAUGUGAUGAUUGAGCAGCUUUGGCCACUCCGAGAGGCUGUCUCUCUUAACAUUUUCGCACAAUCCGAUAUGUUAAAGGGGUCUGCAUUACCAAGGAGUGUUUGUGGACAUGUUUUUUUCUCUCUCUUCCACACAAAUCCACUUACUCGCACGCGCACACACACAGACACACAAACACUCAAUCCUCCCCCAGUCAUGUGAUGUUUGGUAAAAAAAAAAAAAAAGAAUGCUGAAAUUAGAAUGCUGAGUUAGAAUCUUUUUUACAACAACAGAACUUUGUGAGGAGCACAGGGCCAUUUCUGUGUAGUUUACCUGGCUUGGCCCACUGUUUCAUCAUAGUAUUGACCAUAUUUAUGUCACUGGACAUUCUCUACCAUUUUGCAAUCAUGUGUUUAUGCUUUUUCCUCUUAAUGACUUCAAAAGGAGGAUUGUUUGAAAUAGCGAUUGAAGAAUAAUUCUGUAUUAGAAUACAGACCAUGGAUUCACAACCCUGGUCCAGGAGGGCCCCAGUCCUGCAAACUCCUUUAUGACUAAGAACAUUAAAUGACUUGCUUCAGCUUGGUUUAACUGACCAAUGAAACCACUCUUCUCAAGUCUGAGGUCAUUUGUGAAGUGCUGAUAGGUGAAAAACCUGCAGGACAGCUCUGUAAGGCCAGGGUUGGACCCUGGUAUAGAGUUUAUUCUGUAGUUUCUUUUCUGGUUUCCUUUUUUGCUACUUGUAAACUUAAACAAAUAAAAGUGAAAAUGUCAACUACAUUUUGAAAUGCAAAAUGAUUGUCCUUUAUACAAAAUGUGAACUCCUGCAGAAAACGUAUAUUUUCUAAACUACAAAAGCAAAUGUCAUGGAUUCGUUGAUUUAUGUCAUAAAGAAAUUGUUCCAGAAAAUAAUGUGCUAUUUCCUUUGUCACACAGCUUGGCAUGCGGUGUGUGCAUAUGACCACAAUAACAGAGAGAACUAUGACGGCUGUGCUAACUUUAAUCUGUUAAUUACGAACACACCUUCAGCCCACAAUCAUGUGUUAGUAUCUAGAUACGUAAUUCACAUGUAGGUACGUUUCAGUUGUAGUGAAUCUAGCAAUCUUCCUUCAGUGCUCUCAUAAUUCCCAGACAGCGUUGUUAUGACAGGUGGUUCAUGGUCUUGUGUGGUGUUUUCCCCCCCUGCCCAGUAUCUUCAUAAAUUAUACUGAAACCUUUUCUUUUUUUUUUGUUUCUAGUUCAUUUAUGUAUCUAUUGACUUUUUCAGCAAGCAGCUAUUCAAAGUGUAUACUCCAUACUGUUUUGUCCAUACUGUUGUGAUAAUAAAACAAUACAAUCAAUACAA